UGUUCAAGGAGUUUGCUUUUUUCCAUCCAUUGGCUCCUCGUUUAUUAAAUUAGUUUAUAUUUGGAUUAUUUCUUAUUUGAUCGUCUUUUGGUAGGCAAGAAGCAACUGAAAUACAAACACCGACUCUGAACGAGUCUCUAAAUUUUGAUAAUAGUCUUCAGGAUACAAAUGGUAAGUUCUUUUAUUUAUGGGAGUAAUUUUGCACAACACUACCUUAUUGAUUUGCCAAAAAUAUUGUUGGUUUAAAGCACACAGUAAAAAUUGACUUGAAAAAGCUUCCAAUAGUGUAACAAAUCAUCUAAUUUUUAUAGUUGUUAUUACUGAUACUAUUAAUGUAAAUGGUCAAAUUGUGUUUUCCCCAAACUUACAAUUUUUUAUGGGCAUAGGUACAACCAACGAUAUAGGUACACAAUGUUAGCAUGCAUUCAUUAUAAGUAUCAAUGAAUAAUUGCAAAAAACUAAUGGAAAACCUUCUGUACUUUAUUCAAUGUGUUGUAAAUAUGUUUUGUUUCUAGGAUUGAAUGUUCUACUUAAACAUAUAUUAACAAUUAAGGAACAGAACAGAAAAAUUCUAAAUAUUUUGGAGAAAUCAAAACCAUUUAAAAAUUCAGAUUUACCUGAUGACUUCAAAAUAAAAUUGCCAAUAGAAUCCUUACAAGACCUGGAAGAACUAGAGAUAUGUUUGGCAGAAGAAGAGAACUUCAACACUUUUAAAUCAAACUGUGCCUCAAUUUCAAACCUGAAAGAUGUUACCCAGAAGAAUAAUAGGAUAUUAAGAUCUCUUUUGACAGAUAAUAUUGCGAAGCAUUUUAAUUACUUUGGUAACAACUGGCGGCAUGACAGAGUAUCAAAUAAGCGACCAUUUAAUUAACUGCGCUUAAACAAAGUGGUUCUAGAUGCGGUAAAACAAGGAACUGACUCAUGAAGUUGAGAACGCUAUUAAGCGCUGGUUAAAACAUGCUCCUAACCGUAACAAGAAAAAUUACUAAUUUGGAUUUGUUUUAAUUUUAGUUUUUUAUUUGAUUAAACAUGCAAAGGUUUUAUAAAGAAUCUGUAGGUGAAUGCCAAAUGUGUAGGAGGGUGGCUAAGGAACUUAAAAAUACGAUUGAAGGUCUUAAUAGUAAUUUAAAUCAGGCUUCUUCCCUUGUUAGUAAAACAGUAGUACAUAGUGAUACCGUUAAUAUAAUUUCUAGUACUGAUGUCACUAGAAGUAAUUUAAAUCAGACUUCUUCACUUGUUAGUAAAACAGUAGUAGAUAGUGAUUCCGUUAAUAUAAUUUCUAGUACUGAUGUCACCAACUCUAAAGUUAGUUCUGAAAAUUUAAUUAAUAGUAAUAAUAUUAGUGAAAUUGAAAAUGACACGAGCAUAGAAUCUGACUUUGAAAUGGAUUUAGAGUUAAUAAGUUGUUUAGAUAAUGCAAGUAACUCCAAUAAAUUUCAGAAAAACUCUUAAGAAUUACAUGGUGAACUAAAGAGAUGGGCAAUUCGUAACAAAGUCACUCAUAGUACAGUAACUGAUCUUCUGUUAUGUGUCUUCAUGUGUUAGUUCCAGUUCAUCCAGAAUUACCUCUGAGUUCUAAGACUCUUUUGAACAUACCAACUACUAUUACCUUAAAAAAAGAACUAACUUCAGGCAGUUAUGUUCAUUUUGGAUUGGAAAAUUAUCUUAAAUUCUAUAUUUCUACAAAUGAUUCAAUAAUUUCAAACGAUAUUCUAAUAUCUUUUAAUAUUGAUGGUUUACCUCUUUUUAAAAGCUCUUCAGUGCAGUUUUGGCCUAUCUUGGGUUUAAUUGUAAAUAGCAGUAUAAAAGUGAAACCAUUCGCUAUAGGUGUUUUUUGUGGAAAUUCUAAACCUAGCCCACUGGCUGAUUAUUUGAAUGACUUUAUUAAUGAUCUUAAAUUUUUACUGGAGAAUGGUCUAACCUUUAAAGAUAAAGAAUAUAGGAUACAUGUUCAUAGUUUCAUUUGUGAUGCUCCAGCUCGAGCCUUUAUAAAAUGUAUAAAAUCGCACAACGGUUAUUCAGGGUGUGAUAAAUGUACUGAAGAAGGAGACUACUUUAAACAUAGGAUGAUUUUUAAUAACAUUUUGGCACCAAGGAGAUCGGAUCAGUCAUUUUUGCUAAAAUCUGAUCAGAAUCAUCAUACUGGAAUUUCACCUUUGGAAGUCUUAAAUAUAGGAUUGGUUUCAAAAUUUCCAAUUGACUCUAUGCAUUGUUUAUACUUAGGUGUUAUGAAAAAACUUCUCACAUGGAUAUGUGGUGACUUGCGUGUUCGGGUAUGUGGUAGGGAUGUUACAAACAUAUCAGAAAACUUAAUUUUUUAUGGAAAAUUUGUUGUCUCAGAGUUCAAUAGAAAACCUCGAAGUCUUUCAGAGGUAGCUCGUUUUAAAGCAACAGAAUUUAGAACUCUUUUGCUUUAUUUAGGAGUCCUAGUUUUAAAAAAUAUUGAUAAGGCUAUGUUUCUAUUGCAUUCUUCUGUUACUAUCCUGUUAUCUAAAAGGCACUUAGCAAAUUUUGGUUGUGAUGUUCCUAGAAAAUUACUGGACUGCUUUAUAACCCAUUCCAAAGACCUGUAUGGAUUGGAGUUUUUAAUUUAUAAUGUUCAUGUAUUGUGUCACUUGAGUGAAGAAGCUCGGUUGUUUGGUCCAUUGGACCAGAUUUCUGCUUUUCCUUUUGAAAACUAUUUAAAUGAAAUAAAAAAGUCAGUGAAAUCGCCUAAUAAACCAUUAGAACAAUUGUUUUGUCGCCUGACAGAAGCUAAUACUAUAUCAGUAAUUAAUGAUAGUGUCACAAAGAAAUGUGAAAUUCAACAUUUUAAUGGUCCACUGUUACAUUUAUCUUUUAAUUCUACUAAACAGUAUAAUAAGCUUAAAUAUAAUAAUAUUGUGUAUACUGUAGAAGCACAUUCCAAGGUCAACUGUUAUUGUCUAAACAAGGAAUAUUGUGUAAUAAAAAUUAAUAACAUAGUUAAUGCUAAAAAUGAAUAUUUUUUAAUAGGUCAAAAGUUUACAUCUUACGAAUCUUUCUAUAAUUACCCUUUUGAAUCAAAAUCACUUAAUAUUUGCAUCGUAAGUAAACUACUUCAAAAUAUGGAACUUUUUAAUCUCGACAGUAUAAUUACAAAAUGUAUGUUAUUCCCUCUUGAUCCACCCAACAACAGUAAAUGGUUAUCAUUUCCUUUAUUAUAAAGUAAAUAUUUUAGCAUUAUUAUGGAAAAAAACAAACUUCGGCAGACUUUUACAAAAAUAAAUUUUACUUUUAAUGGAGGAGGGUAUACUGUUGAGAGGGACAUUUGGCCAUUUAUAAAAAAAAUUAAAUUCUUUCAAACGUUUAGAAAUGAGCAAUGUAAAAGUACAUUUUUAUUUUUUCGAAUCUAAAAUAAAUUAAAUAAAUAGUAAUAAAUUAAAGUCUUCUAUCAGAUAUUGUCAAAAUUGUAAAGUGGCAACAUAUGGUUUUUAAGGGUGCAUUUAAAUUUAAAAUGGUGGGAAAAUCAAAAUUGUAAACCGUUAAAUUCCUUUCAUAAAUUCUUAACCAAAAUACUUCAUAGAAUACCUCGCAUAUUUUUCCAUGUUGAAUUAAAAUAUCGUUGUCAAAAAAUACUUUGAUGAAAUUUGGUGAUAUUUCACUGAAGCGCAAUAACUGUCUUUACAAAGUAAUUUUUAAGAACGAUAUUUUAUUGCAACAUGGACUCAGUAAGAUAGGUAUUCUAUGAAGUAUUUUGGUUAAGAAUUUAUGAAAGGAAUUUAAAUGGUUUGCAUUUUUCGUUUUCAUCCCAUUUUUAACGUAAACGCAUCCUUAAAUUAUUGAUGACUAAUUGUUAAAGUUGUCAUUUCCUUUGAAUCACAUCCCGCCAUGACUAUUUAAACAUAUUAUUUUGAAAAAUUAGCUUGCAUAUAAAAAAAUUAAUAAAUAUCUUGUGUUCUGCCGAAUAUUUGUU